CCAAAGUCUACGGAUGAGGUGAUGUCGGUGAUUGAAGCUUACAAAGCGCUGCGUGACCGAGCCCCUUAUCCUCCGAGCCAUGUGAUUGGCCACCUCGCUGGCAAUUUUGCGUUUGUAGUAUAUGACAAGACCACAUCCACUUUGUUCGCGGCUUCUGAUCGGUCUGGCAGGGUUCCCCUUUACUGGGGUAUUACUGCUGACGGAUUUGUGGCAUUUUCUGAUGAUGCAGAGAUGCUCAAAGGUGCAUGUGGCAAGUCACUUGCUUCUUUUCCUAAGGGGUGCUUCUUCUCAACUGCAGUAGGCGGGUUAAUAAGCUCUGAGAAUCCGAAGAACAAAAUCACUGCCAUUCCCGCAGCUGAGGAAGAGGCAUGGGAUGCAACAUUCAAGGUGCAAGGAGCAGCGGCUCUUGCAGCCAGAGAGUAAAAAUUAAGUCCCCGUGUUGCAGAGGUGGCAGGGGAUCAAAGCCAGGGGGUGCCAGGAGGACGUACGUCAACCGUUUGAAAUUGUUAAUUAGGGUUAGCGUCUGAAUUUCAUUGUAAACGUUUUGAGUGAGAACUUUCAA